AAUAUAAUUCCGUAAAACAGGCGGUGAGGAGAGAGAAGAUGUUUUUAGGAAAAUAGAAAGAAAAGAGGUUCACAGUUUUUGUACAGCCUCAUCCAUCUUCUUUCCCCACCUAUCCCCAAACCGCUUCCUCAAAAUUCCUUUCAUCUCACCAAGACCCUUUUGCUUAGCCUUCUUAAUCGGAUUCUCUUCUAUUUUGUUCAGCUUUUUAAUUUAUUUUUCAUAAUUAUCUUACAUACUUUUUUUCAUCAACAAAGAUCAACACAAGAUUACCGUUUUUUUUUUUUUUUUUUUUUGGGUGUAAAUUAAGGUAGGAGUAAACCAAGUUGUAGGUUGUGUUUGCCAGUAAAUUAUGGGAUUGAACGAUGUGGAUCUUACGGAUGACGGCGACGGAGGAGGAGGAGGAGGAGAUGUUGGUGGAGGAGAAGAUAAGGCAUCGGCGGUUUCGUGUUCGAUUUGUCUUGAAGCUGUAACCGACAAUGGGGAUAGAUCCUGGUCUAAGCUCCAAUGUGGACAUCAAUUUCAUCUUGAUUGCAUUGGUUCUGCCUUUAACAUCAAGGGGCAAAUGCAGUGUCCCAACUGUCGAAAAAUUGAGAAGGGUCAAUGGCUAUAUGCAAGUGGUUGCCGUCCCCUACCGGAUUUCAACAUGGAAGAUUGGGCCCAUGAUGAAGACCUAUAUGAUCUGAGCUACACUGAAAUGUCAUUUGGAGUUCACUGGUGUCCGUUUAGUGGAUUGACUCGACUACCAUCUUCUUAUGACGAAGGGGAGCUUUCAUCUAGUGCAUAUCACGAUCUUCUUGGUCAGCAUGCUAUAUUUGCUGAUCACACGGCUGUAUCAUCUGCUGCUCAUCCAUGCCCAUAUAUUGCCUAUGUUGGAAUUCACCCAUCAUCCUCAAAUUCGAGUGGAAGUAUCAAUGAUGGUCCUAAUUUUAACAAUCACUGGACUAGUCCAUCUGUUCCCAACGAGAUGCCUGCUUCUUAUGCUUUCCCAGGAAUGGAUGUGCAUUAUCAUAGUUGGGACCAUCAUUCUUCUUUCCCUAUGGCAAACAGUCGUGUUGGUACUGCUGAUCAGUCCUCGGUUCCCUCUGUUACUCAGAGAGUUGCCAGAACCAAUGCUGAUAUCCCAAGACCAGGAUCUUUUGUCCCUCCAUUCCUUGUUGGUCACGGUUCUGCUGCCAGAGCUGGGAGUUCAGUUGCCUCACCAAUGAUACCUCCUUAUCCUGGAAGCGUAGCUCGGGCUCGUGACCGUGUUCAAGCUCUUCAAGCAUAUUUUCAGCAACCAAGUAAUUCACCAGCUGUACGCACUCCUGUUAUGUCUGCUACUCGACGAUCCAACAAUCACAGAGGGUUGGCUCAAGUGGGGCCGGCUGCCUCAUCAUCUGAUCAGGCUGGUGGCUUCUACUUCUAUCCUUCAAGUUCUUCAGGAAGAAAUUUCCAAGAAGCAGAAAAUCCAGUAUCAAACAGAUAUCAUGCUUGGGAACGGGAACACUUGCCCGCCUUCCCCUUGAGUCAGGUUGACAGAGAUCCUAUUUGGGGGCCAUUUCAUCACACAGGUGUUGGAUCUGAUAGUGGUAGCCGAUCUGGCAGCUUCCGCCCAAGGCAUGGGUCUGAGAGGAUGCCGUCCCAGAACCGGUCAUGAACUUGUUGUGCUGUUUUGAUGAGAACUGUGAUUACUAUGAAUGAACCCAAUUUAUGUAUGUUUUGAGAAAACGAUCUAUAAUGGUUGGAGUCUUGUCAAUUUGGCAGGUUCAAAACUGUUUUGUGGCCAUGAAAAGUGAUCCCUUUCUGAUGGCCAUGAGUUGUGUGAUGGGACUGUGGCGUCCUCUUGUUUCUGUGCUGUGGGGUAUAAAUAACAUCACAAUGUUAAUGGCAAAGUUCAAGUUAGUGAUUUGCCUCUUU